AUGGCGUGGGCGUGCGUGAACAACGUCGGGAUCCCGCCGGAGAGUUUUCUGGACCGUCCUCCGCCCUACGGGUGGCUGAGCAGCCCCCGGUACACGAAGUUUCCCGACGAGGAGAUGCCGGACGCGGCCUCCGACGGGUCCGCCGGGAAGAAGCUGGCCGAGUCGGUCAAUGCCGACGAGGAGAUGCUGGAGAAUCCAGAUCCGGAGUCAUCCGGCGGCGGUUUCGGCGAUUUCGAGUUCCGGCUUGUAGAUCCGGUGGCGAUGCUCACGGCUGACGAGCUGUUCUCCGACGGGAAGCUCGUCCCGCUCCACCUCGCCGCGAUCCGGCGGGAGGUGGUGCCGGACGGCGCUUCAGCCGGAGUCGGAUCGGCGGAGUUGCCAGACGUUCGACGGAGAAAUGAGGUGUCCCCGACGGAUCCCUACCUGUUCUCCCCCAAGGCCCCGGGAUGCACCGCCCGCUGGAAGAAGAUGCUCGGGUUGAAGAAACUGUACCAGAUCAAGCAGGAUGCUCACAAAACGACGUCGUACUCGUCUUCUUCUUCCUCGUCCCCGCCGUCUUCCCCAAACGAAAACAACGUCAAAUCCGCCAGAAAUCUGAAGCACCUCCUCCACCGCGCCUCCAGAUUGAACGCCUCCGUCGAAUCGGCGUCCCUGACUCUCCCCCUGCUGAAGGAAUCGGAGAACAACGACUCAGUACCCAUCUCCUCCCGACUUUCUCUCUCCUCCUCCUCAUCCGGCCACGAGCACGACGAUCUCCCCCGCCUCUCCCUCGAUUCCGACAAGCCGCCGCCCGCCGGAAACCUCUCCAGAGUUAGACUCGCCAAGCGCAGGUCCGCGGAGCCCUGCGACGGCCGCAGCCCGGCGCGGGGAAACCCGGAGUCCUCGACACCGGUGCGCGGCGUGUCAGUGGACAGCCCGCGGAUGAAUUCGUACGGUAAGAUCGUGUUCCACGGGCUGGAGAGGAGCUCAAGCAGCCCGAGCACGUUCAACGGCGGGCCGCGGCCGUACAAGCCGCGAGGUAUGGAGAGGUCGUACUCGGCGAACGUCCGGUUCGCGCCGGUUCUCAACGUGCCGGUUUGUUCGCUGCGCGGCUCAUCCGGCGUUUUCGGUCUCUUCUCAACUCAGCAGAAGAAAGAUGGCGGCAACGCCGUUGGCGUGAACAACAGGGUCCAACAGCAACAGCAGCACAAUAAGAACCGUACCGAUCGAACUUGA